UUUGCCCCUCCCUCAGACACUCAGCCACAAAUUCCCUUUUCCUGAACUCAGCUGAAGCGGCAACAGGAGAAGCACCUCCCUUCCCUCGCAGCAGAUUUUCAAAAGAGGAAGUUGCCGCAACAGUACUACUCGGCUGAUUAUUCAGAAUCGGACUUUCAGCUGUCUUUGAAACGGAGAAGAACUGCAGGAUGAAUUUAGGAGGAGGAAACCAGUGCGGGCGUUGUAAGAGGACCGUUUACUUUGCAGAGGAGGUACUCUGUGACAGUCAGAGGUUCCACAAGUCCUGCUUUGUGUGCUUGGUGUGUGGGAAGCGCUUGGACAGUACAACUGUUGCCGUACAUCUGGAUGAACUCUACUGCAAGGCAUGUUACAGCAAGAAGUACGGGCCGAAGGGUUACGGUUACGGUGUUGGAGCCGGCACCCUGAACAUGGACAAAGGAGAAGGUCAGGGUAUCACCCACCAAGAACCUGCACCUCAUCGCCCCACCGCCAACCCGAACGCAUCCAAGUUAGCUCAGAAAUUUGGAGGGUCUGAGAAGUGCCCUCGUUGCGGCAAGGCCGUCUACGCUGCGGAGAAAGUGAUCGGAGCUGGCAGUUCAUGGCACAAGACUGGCUGUUUCCGCUGCGCCUCAUGCGGUAAGGGCCUUGAGUCCACCACACUUGCUGACAAGGACGGAGAAAUAUACUGCAAAGGGUGUUAUGCAAAAAACUUUGGUCCAAAGGGGUAUGGAUACGGUGGUGGGGCCGGAGCGCUGCCACUCACUCAGUAGACGCAACCACCCAAAGACGAACGGCAUCAGAUUGACGACACUGACCCAGAAAUGGACAGCCACAACAUUAGGCACACCUACGCUAAAUAAUCUAAUGAGAUCAUCUACAAGAAAACGAUUAAAAUGAUACCUACGUCCAUGUGUUUCAGCAAGGUGGCAUGCGUCCCCCCCCCCCAUAAUACUAAAUACCCAGUAAAAUAUAUCUUUUCAAAAGAAUACAAAAAAUAAUGCAAGUCUUGUACGAGAUCUCGUGCGAUUGCGCAGGUGUACCAAACGCUGUGGGGACUGAAUAAUAAACCACAUUAAAUUGCAAAAUGUACAUUUAGAUUAGCUGUUUUAUGACCACAUCAAACCAAGGUCAUUAGACUUUCAUAAAAAAUAAUUCGAGGCACUUAAUUGUCAUACCAGCACACAUUUACAAAUAAAAUGGCACAAAAUUGAAUCCAGGGUUAUUAUUUUCUCACAUCCUGUAAUAUAAAAUAUGUGCACACAUCAAAGCUGUUACAAUAUUUAUACAGUAUAUAUGGAAUAUGUGAAUAGCUAUUUCUGUUCUACUAACAUGUUUGAAGUGUAUAAUGUGUGCGUACACCAACACUGUUCAAAGACGGUUACACCAUCAAUAGCACAUUUUUGUACAUUAAAAUCGUUUCUCAAAUUAACAUCGAUACUCUUUGAUACUGCAAUUAGCAAAUUCCAUGAAUCGUCCAGUAUUAUAAAAGAGUGUCUGACCACUACCUUUACAUACUUCUAAAUUUAAAAUGAAUACCUAUAUUUCUCUGUCUUGUAUUCUUUGUGAAGCAAUAAUUUGAAAUGUCUUUUUUUAACAUGUUCCAUGCACAUUACCUAACUUUUGACAAAGUAUUGAAUUAUCGGUACCGAUAAUCCUAUCUUAAAUCUUUCAACCACAUCUUUUACAUCAAGGAGUACUAAAAGUGUAUUCAAGUUUGAAGACGUGACACCCAUUCAUUUGAAACAUUCCUCCUCUCAAAGUGCUGGGCUGACACGGUCACAAUGGCAAGACUGCAUUCUAGUCUUUGAGAGUCUCGGGCUGGAUCCACCCGUGAAUGUAACGCGUCACCGGCCUGGAAGGCAUUUCAAGGAUGUCAAACAUGCGGGGCAAUUCCACGGCAUCAUUCCGCAAUGCAGGCACACACUUUCCUUGCAACCAAGAAGGCGGGGAUGACAAUGAAAAACGUGAUCCUGUGUGCUUUUACAUCAGUCAGCUGCCUCGCAUUCAUUUUAAGAACAAAAAAAUCUUAAUUCCUGUCAUGAUUUGUGUUUUUGUUUUGAUGACGUUUGUUAUGUUUUUCUGUGUCCCUUUUCCAUGUCUUGCCAUGACCCUUAAUUGUUGUUUUUGUCUUUGGAAAUAAUAAUAAUAAAAAUUCCUGCCUCUGUG